AUGGUUGCUGCAGCACCUAUUCUUGAAAAAAAUCCAACACCUUUGAUAAGCGUUGGGAGUGGUAGUAUAAUUACCGCUGCCCCAUUGCAAGUUUGCGGAAGUGCUGCUGCAAUGGGGGGAGUUGGUGUUACUAUAAAUAGUCCAAGUCCUCAUACCAUUUUGGAUGAUUGCGACAAUGCAAAU